AUGUGCUGUGUGCUGCGCCAACAUCCAGUGACUGGCUUCGAGUCGGAUCACCAUCCUCACCAACUUCCGCGUCCUCAGCAGCUGGACGGUAUGAGCGAGAGUACGUCCCAAUCCCUCCAAGGGCGGAGGGAUGGAUUCCAGACCCUACCUUCUUUGCCUUCAAGGGAACCCUCAAAAGAGGAUCUUGAACUGGCUCAGCACCUGAUCGGUCAUUCCCAAGGGACGAGAACUAUCCCUCACCACCAAAUCAAGAACAACAAAGAGAAUGCCUCGUCGCAAGCAUAUACCUCCCAAAGUCCAGAGCCACCCAGCCCAUCAACGGAGCGAACAUACCAAGCGGUAUCGAGAUCAAGUUCUUUGGAGAGAGAUCUACGAGAACAAUCCCAGGCAUAUACGCCAACCGGCUCCGCGCAAUCGGACGCCAUUCCCAACGGCCAGGUCUGCAGCAACUGUGGAACGAGCCGAACGCCUCUCUGGAGAAGAUCCCCGCAAGGAGCUACCAUCUGCAAUGCCUGUGGACUGUACUUGAAAGCCAGAAAUGCAUCCAGACCGACGAACCUAAAGCGACCCCCGACCGUGAUGGCCCCUUCUCCAUCCCGACGCUCCCCGGAAGUAAGAGCCUCACCUGCAAGAUCUGGGGCAAGUCACCCUCCAACCGGCGCUACAUAUGUAGCUGCGGAUCAGACCUCAGUCGGAUCAUGUCCUGGGGGCGGAAAAUGCAAUGGGACUGGAGGGGCUCAGGGAUGCAGUGGAUGCCCCGCCUUCAAUAACCGGGUUUCGAAGAGCGCGCAUUUCACCGUCUCCCAAAGUGCCACUCGAGCACAGUCUGAGCAAGGCGACCAACCUACCGAUGCACCUUCGCCGAUCGACGUCGCCUCCCUCAGUAUCCAAUCUCAAAACACAACUGUGGUUGUAGCCUGCCAAAAUUGUGGAACCACCAUUACUCCCCUCUGGCGAAGGGACGAAAGUGGACAUACCAUUUGUAAUGCUUGUGGUCUAUACUACAAGCUACAUGGUGUCCACCGCCCUGUGACAAUGAAAAAAUCGGUGAUUAAGCGCAGGAAACGUGUCGUGCCUGCAACACAAGGCGGCCAAGCACCCGAAGUCGAUGUUACGGACACCGCCAUGGGCUCCCCUGAAUCUGACCGACCCUCUCCCGAAAGUCCAGAUAUGCGGGGCAGCAUGAACCCAGACGGUUCGGUCAAUCUAGGCUUCCGGCUCCACACCGAACAAGGACGAACUCAACUCCCCCAACCUACAUCCACUAUCCGCGGACAGAACGUACAGCUUCCGCCUCCAGACCUGGGGGCAUAUACCUCGACAUCGAAUCUUCAAGGGCAUACACACGACCAUCUAGACUCACUAAAUAACGACAAUCGCCUUCCUCCUAUGACAUCCUAUCCCUCGCCCAUUCAAGGCCGCUCCUCUCUAUCCCCCAAUUCAUUCCUCUCACCUUCUCGCAAGCGUUCCUUCUCAGCCGCCGAAAUGGAUCCACAGCAGAUACAGAGUACCUCUCACACCGAAUCGAGUACCGCCCAACCCAAACGCCUCUCAUCCAUCAAAUCGAUUCUAAACCCUGGCAGCUCAGAUUAUCCCGAUCCUAGCGGAAGUGGAAGAUCAGAUAGGCUGGGCCCAAGUGGAUAUCCUAGUCCUAGCGGUCCUGGGAUGGGUAGUAGUUAUGCUUCAAAUCCGGCCAGUACCGGGUCUAGCAGUUCGCGCGAUCCUCAGAGCGAGAAUGACAGGGCGAAGGCGGAGAGGAGGGAGAUGUUGAAACAGGAAGCGGGGAAGAUGAGGGAAGCGUUGAUGGCGAAGGAGAGGGAGUUGGCGGAGCUUGGAAUGGGCGAGUGA